UAAAAAUAGCUACUAUCACUUCCCUCUCAGACGACAUUACGAACACAUGCAAUAUGUUUGAUUUAAAACUUUACUUCCUGGUGUUGAUUUGUUCAUUGAAUAAUGCUGAAGUUUAUGCAUGUAGGUCUAGUAGAUGUUACGGAGAACUCGGUUGUUUUGACGCUUAUGGCUUUCCAUUCAACGAAUUACCAUCGAGCAGGGAUGCAGUUGGAACUGAAUUUACUCUUCAAACCCGAGAUAUGACAGAAGAUGAAUCCUUAUCAGCAAAUGAUGUCUCGAGUUCGAGCUUCAAUUCAGCGCUUCCAACCAAGGUUAUUAUUCAUGGUUUUAUGGAAGACUCUGAAGAUUGGGUGACAGAAAUGAGACGAUUGCUCCUAAUUGAAGGCAACUAUAACGUCAUCAUCGUGGACUGGAAAGAGGGAGCAGAAGAAUAUCUUUGGGACUACUACGACGCAGUAGGCAACUCACGAAUUGUCGGCGCAGAAAUCGAUCUCCUGAUAACUAAAUUACAGAGUGUUUACAGCAUCUCAUUAGAUACCAUACAUUUGAUCGGAUUCAGCUUAGGAGCUCAUGUAGCAGGCUACGCUGGAGAUAGGCUAGAUGGUGGAAUUGGACGUAUUACUGGGUUAGAUCCAGCUGGAUAUGGAUUCGAGGAUGAAAACAUCUAUCGAAGACUGGAUCCUACAGAUGCUGUUUACGUGGAUGUCAUUCAUACCGACGCCGAUUUUACUGGUAUAGAUCAUUCAGUCGGAGACGUAGACUAUUAUCCAAGUGGUGGAGAAGAUCAACCUGGAUGUGCGUGGUAUAGUGUUAAGUGUGAUCACACGAAAGCUGUGGAAUAUUUCAUGGCAUCGAUAGAGGACCAAAAACAGUUUAGUUGCGAAUACUAUCGCGAGAAAUACAACGAUACAUGUUUCGAGGAAUAGAAAUCUCAUGCAGAGUUACAUUUUGCGGUUCAUAAAACUGGAAAACAGAGAUAGUUAAACGUCUAGUAACAUUUUAGACAGACAAUUGAUGAGGUACUGUAAUUAUCGUACGGUAGAGUAAAAGCAUACAGUAAUAAACGUAGACGAAGACGAGAAGUUAUUCGCUUAUGUUGUUUUAGUCACUCGUCAUUUUAAAUUAUGCAAUGCUUUUGUAGAUUUAUUUAUGUCGGUUGAUAUUUAUGUUGUGUAAUGUAUAUAGUUUAUUAUAGCAGACAUACAAACAUUAGAAACAAUAAAG